ACACAGGUACAGAUAGCUCCAGUUGUUUAAUCUUUUGGACAACUUGCUUCAACACUUUUGGCCUUUUAUCACAAAUUCAUAUUUCACAAUUGCUUUCCACCCAGCGAAAGCAUUGUUCAUAUCUUUUCAUGAUCUGGAAAUUCAUGUAGCUCUAUGAUUUAAUUCAAUUCCUACUGAUACCCUUCUUUGCCGUUGUUGACAUCAAUCAUCUUCCCAAAAGGCGGCGUGCCAAGGGGACCAAUAUGGUCGGUGCCGGUAGCAGCCCGCCGUCCUUAAGAUGGACAACUUUAUUAUAUUUUCUUGUCCUUCUAUGUGCUCUUAUUACCCCAGGAGUUUCGGUCAAGGAAAAUGAUUUCAAGAGAUGUAGCCAGUCGGGCUUCUGCAAGAGGAAUAGAGCAUACGCCGAUAAUGCCAUUGCCCUAGGGUCCGAGUGGCAAGCACCUUACAAGAUUCCUUCCGAGCAAGCCUCAUUUAAGGAUGGACAAUUCAAAGCCACCAUCUCCAAAGCCAUUGACGAACAAGGAAACACUGUCCGACUACCUCUUACUAUAUCUUUCCUGAAGUCGGGCACAGCCCGUGUCACCGUUGACGAGGAGAAGAGACGAGAGAAGGAUAUUGAGCUUCGACAUAACAGCAAAGCUAGAAAGGAGCGAUAUAAUGAAGCUGAGAAGUGGACAAUUGUCGGUGGAUUAGAUAUCGACACGAAUGCUCAGGUGGCUCAUGAAAGCAAGACUGGGAUAAAGAUUAAGUAUGGUCCAGAAUUGGCAUUCGAAGCCGAUAUUACCUACGAGCCAUACUCGAUAGAAUUCAAACGGGAUGGUGUUACUCAGAUCAAGCUCAAUGAUCGUGGCUUGAUGAACUUGGAGCAUUGGCGGCCGAAGGUUGAAAAACCAGUAGCCGAGAAGAAGGAGGGUGAAGAAGGGCAGGAAGAGAAGAAAGAUGAGACACCUGAAGUAAAUCCUGCGGAAAACGAGAGUACCUGGUGGGAAGAAACAUUCGGUGGUAACACGGACUCCAAGCCUCGUGGCCCCGAGAGCGUUGCUCUGGAUAUCACCUUUGUCGGUUACGAACACGUUUAUGGAAUUCCAGAACACGCAGGCCCCCUUUCCUUGAAGGAGACCCGCGGCGGCGACGGCAACUAUGAACAGCCCUACAGACUAUACAAUUCUGAUGUUUUUGAGUAUGUACUCGAUAGCCCAAUGACUCUGUACGGCGCAAUCCCCUUCAUGCAAGCGCAACGAAAGGAUUCAACCGUCGGUGUUUUCUGGCUCAACGCUGCCGAAACCUGGAUUGAUAUCACCAAAGACAAAGAAUCCAAGAACCCCUUGGCUCUUGGAGUCGGAGCCAAAACCAACACCCACACUCAUUGGAUGUCUGAGGCUGGUCUGAUGGAUGUCUUCGUCUUCCUCGGCCCCACCCCUCGCGAUGUCACUAAAAACUACGCGGAGCUCACAGGAACUACUGCUUUGCCUCAGGAAUUUUCCCUGGGGUACCAUCAGUGCCGGUGGAACUAUGUCUCGGAUGAUGAUGUUAAGGAGGUCGACCGUAAGAUGGACCGUUAUAACAUCCCGUAUGAUGUCAUUUGGCUAGACAUUGAGUACACUGAUGAUAAGAAAUACUUUACUUGGGAUGGAGACAUGUUCAAGGAUCCGAUUGCCAUGGGUAAACAUCUGGAUGCCCACGGAAGAAAACUGGUUGUCAUUAUCGACCCGCACAUCAAAAAUGCAGGAGGUUAUCAUGUUUCUGACGAGCUCAAGUCUAAAGAUCUAGCCGUCAGAAAUAAGGAUGGUAACAUCUUCGAUGGUUGGUGCUGGCCGGGAUCUUCUCAUUGGAUUGAUGCCUUCAAUUCGGCUGCCAUCCAGUGGUGGUCAUCCCUUUUCAACUAUGACAAGUUUAAAGGCACCAUGGAAAAUACCUUUAUUUGGAAUGACAUGAACGAGCCCUCCGUUUUCAACGGACCAGAAGUCACCAUGCCGAAGGACAAUCUCCAUUAUGAAGAUUGGGAGCAUCGAGAUGUUCAUAACAUAAACGGGAUGACGUUCCAUAACGCAACUUACGAAGCUAUGCUUUCUCGAAAGAAAGGCGAGCUACGACGCCCAUUCGUACUUACUAGGUCAUUUUUCGCUGGCUCGCAACGUCUUGGUGCGAUGUGGACCGGUGAUAAUCAAGCUAGCUGGGAGCAUCUAGGAGCAGCCAUCCCCAUGAUUCUCGCUCAGGGAAUUUCGGGCUUCCCUUUCGCAGGUGCGGAUGUCGGCGGUUUCUUUGGUAAUCCCGAAUUGGAGCUGCAAAGUCGUUGGUACCAAGCCGGCGCUUUCUAUCCAUUCUUCAGGGGUCACGCACAUAUUGAUGCCCGUCGUCGAGAACCUUUCCUACUCGCAGAGCCGCACCGGUCUAUCAUCACAUCGGCCUUACGCCUUCGAUACAGCUUACUUCCAGCAUGGUACACGGCGUUUUACCAUGCCAACAGAGAUGGCAGUCCUAUCAUACGGCCAUUAUACUGGACACACCCCAGCGAGGAAGGCGGGUUUGACAUUGAUGACCAAUUCUUUGUGGGAUCAACUGGGCUUCUUGUUAAGCCAGUUGUGCAGAAGGACAAAACCACAGUGGAUAUAUUUAUCCCUGACGAUGAAGUUUACUAUGAUUACUUCAGUUACAAGAAGCUUCCCACAGCCAAGGGUAAGCAGGUGACAGUUGAAGCACCGAUCGAAACCAUCCCAGUAUUAAUGCGCGGCGGACACAUCAUCCCCAGACGUGAUACGCCCCGUCGCUCUGCUCAGCUCAUGAAAUUUGACGACUAUACCCUCGUCGUAGCAGUUGGCAAGAAGGGCCAAGCUGAAGGAGAGCUUUAUGUGGAUGAUGGUGACUCUUUCGAUUACGAAAAGGGUCAAUAUAUCCACCGCACGUUCAAGCUGGAGGGGUCGACACUUACUUCUACCGACGCGGAGGGCCGAGAUACCAAGAGCAUAGAAGAGGGAGAGUGGCUCAAGCAAAUGCACGGUGUUGCUGUCGAUAAGGUCAUUAUUGUCGGUGCUCCCUCAUCUUGGGCUUCUAAGAAGGAGGUUGUGGUGGAGUCUGAGGGUAAAACCGUCUCGGUGCCGCUCGACUACCACAAGGCAGAUGGUAGCAGAGCUGCUUUUGCGAUUGUGCAACGCGUGGGCGCUAGAAUUGGCGCGGAUUGGACUAUCACUUUUGCCUAGGGGGCUGGGUUUGAUAGCGUUACGAUCAGUUCUUAAAGUGAACCUAAUUGCCUAUAGAUUGUCUGAAGAGUACUUGAACGUCUCAUUACAAAGUAUACCGCAAAAUAUAAGGCCCUAGAAUCAUUUCGCCGGCUAGAAAAUAUUGAGUUUCAGAAGGAAGUCUAUUUAUCCGGUAUUCAAUACGUCGUCGUCGCUAAAAUUUAGUGAAAGCCCUCGACUUCGAUAAUCCUAUGGGGCCGCUAACCUACUAGAUAGGCACUUCCAUUCU